GCGGGAGCCGGCCGGAGGGGGGAAGCACGGGACGCGCCGCCGCCGAGCUAGGGCCCGCGCUGCCGCCGCCGCCGCCGCCUUCCUCCGCUCCUGCGGCCGCCGCCGCGCCGCGCCGCGCCGGCCCGAGCGACCGGGCCAAGGGUCUUGAGAGGCAAAAUGGUCCAUGCCGAAGCAUUUUCACGUCCCCUGAGCCGGAAUGAAGUGGUCGGAUUAAUUUUUCGUUUGACCAUAUUUGGUGCUGUAACAUAUUUUACCAUUAAAUGGAUGGUUGAUGCCAUUGAUCCCACCAGAAAGCAGAAAGUAGAAGCUCAGAAACAGGCUGAAAAACUAAUGAAGCAAAUUGGAGUGAAAAACGUCAAGCUUACCGAAUACGAAAUGAGUAUUGCUGCACAUCUCGUAGACCCACUUAGCAUGCAUGUAACCUGGAGUGAUAUUGCAGGCUUAGAUGAUGUUAUUACAGAUUUGAAAGACACAGUCAUUUUGCCCAUCAAGAAGAAAUAUCUGUUUGAGAAUUCCAGGCUCUUACAGCCACCAAAAGGAGUACUUCUCUAUGGCCCUCCUGGUUGUGGCAAAACGCUGAUCGCCAAAGCUACAGCAAAGGAAGCAGGUUGUCGAUUUAUUAACCUCCAGCCUUCAACACUGACAGACAAAUGGUAUGGAGAGUCUCAAAAACUGGCGGCUGCUGUCUUCUCCCUUGCUAUAAAGCUCCAACCAUCCAUCAUUUUUAUUGAUGAAAUAGAUUCCUUCUUACGGAGUCGAUCAAGUUCUGACCAUGAAGCUACAGCUAUGAUGAAAGCUCAGUUCAUGAGUCUGUGGGAUGGACUGGACACCGAUUAUAACUGCCAAGUAAUAGUGAUGGGAGCCACCAACCGUCCUCAGGAUCUUGACUCGGCCAUCAUGAGAAGAAUGCCGACCCGGUUUCACAUUAACCAACCUGCUCUGAAACAAAGAGAAGCAAUCUUGAAGCUGAUUUUGAAAAACGAAAAUGUGGACAGGCAUGUAGAUCUCCUAGAAGUUGCUAAAGAGACUGAUGGCUUCUCAGGCAGUGAUCUGAAAGAAAUGUGCCGGGAUGCAGCACUCCUCUGUGUCAGGGAAUAUGUUAAUUCUGCCUGUGAAGAAGAGAACCAAGACGAAGAUGAAAUUCGGCCUGUGCAGCAACAGGAUCUCCACAGGGCGAUUGAGAAGAUGAGAAAAUCGAAGGAUGCCACGCUUCAGAAUGUUUUGAUGCACGUUAGUUUAGAUUAAGACAAAAGAGUGUGUUUGCAGUUUCUGAUGUGAUUUAGUUUGACUUCUGUAAUCAGUUAGCCAAAACAAUGUUGGGGGUGGGAGUGGGGAUGUUUCUUGAAUAAGGGAGUUCUGUUUCUGGAAUUGUUUUUAUACAACAAAUUCUAAGUUAUUGACAUUUUGUCAUGCGCAACUAUAAGUGUAAAAAUAGAUGAUGAAGUGGAACAAUUAUAGCCCAGACCACGAGCAACUGCCUGUGUCUUGUCCCAUAAUCGAUACACUCAUGUAGCCUUAAAGCAGGUUCUAACCUUCUGCUUAAAACCCAAAAAUCCAGAAGGAUCAUGAGGCCCUGCUUGCACGGUCUGUAUUCGUACUGAAAAAUCAAGAUCAAGCGAGCUUUUUCCCUUUUGCUCUGUGGGAGGUUUCUGUCCUCCCUGAGCUCAGCUUAGGACACCCAUGUUAUGCUUUGGCCAGUCAAACUCCCAACCCGCUGCUGUCCCCGGGGCGGGCCAUGCUCUCUCAGGGCUCACCUCCCCGCCUCACUGGGUAAGUGAAAAAACCGAUCAGAGUAGGGGUAUUUCACCGCCGAGUGCAGCGCCGAGUCAAGCUCAACAAGGUCUUCUUUCCCUGCUGAUUCCACCCAGCCUCUUUGACUGGCUGUGGUUUCACUGGAUAGUAGGUAGGGACAGUAGGAAUCUCAUUCUUUGGUUCAUGUGCAUCACAUCAUGACAAGGCAUUUGGCUAUGUAUCGAACAUAUAUAAAAUUGUAUGUGUUCCUUUUCCAGGAUUAAUAAAGGUGGCCCAUCCACGUAGGUAAAGACUGUUAAUUAAUGUCUUUUGGCAGGGUAGGUGACACAUCAUAACUCCGAGCCCAUUAUCGUCCCCAUACGCUAUCUCAACCCCUUUUGCCUAAGGUUUUGUCGCCCGUAGCACUCUCUUGGGGUGUCCGGCCCCCACCUUAGAUAGAAAGAAUCAGUUUAUUUACAAUUCAUUAAGUAAUACGAUUACAAUUCAUUAAUUCAUUGAAAUUUUACAACAGUCAGUGCUUAACUAGCAAAUAUAUGUACGCUAUCCACUGAAAAAAAUAACGCCCGAUUCCAUAAAUGAUGAGCGACCUUUUUCCCUUGAGAACUGGAGGGUCCUGGUUCUUUUAAUAACUCAUAAUUGCCUUGAUACCAUUUUCCACAUGCUCCUCAAGGAAAUCCUGUAAAUUUAAUAGUAUUGAUAUAUGUCAGUUCUUGAAUUUGAUCUCUUAGAUGUUGAUAUUUCAUAUUUUCCUCUGCUGCUGCAUCCGUCAGAGAUGUCGAUUUACUCCCAUACCUAAGUGUGAUGUCUGCUACUAGGGCCUGAUCUCCUUUAAUGAAUGCCAGGCCCGGCUUAUAUAGUUCAUUUUUUUCAUCUUCCGGCAGUGGCUCCUGGAAUACUACCCAUUGCUUCUUUUUGGCCUCAUCUGCCGAUAAUUCAUGUAGUUGGUUAUGUCUUUUAAUCCUGGCAUCCCGUACCGCUGGGCAGUAGCCCAGCCUUGUUCUCUGCCUGAUAAUGUCAGCACGAUUUCAUUUGAGGCUCUUGUCUGCCCCUUGCUAAAAAGUCCCUCAUCGGGUGGACAGUAGCACUCGGCUGUAAUGUUGUGGUGAGCUUUCUGUGGGGAGUGCCUCUGUAAAAUUCUAGCCAGUUGUUACUGAUUUUGUCCUUCUUAAAGUUGGAAAUCCCGCGGCUCUGGGAUAUCUGCUUGGUCCAAGUCGUGAAUUCCUGGUUUUGCCAGUUACAGGGUCUCAGAAAGAUGACUUUUGGAGCGGGUGUCUCCCAUUCCAAGGCUGGUUCCUCACCGCCUAAUUCCUCAGAUAUCUCCAUAACCGCUCUCAGGUCCCAGAUAGAUGGAACUUUUCCCUUAUCCCCUCCUGCAGCAAUCCAUAGUUUUUCAAAUUCUUUCUCAAUUCCCUCUUGCCAAACCGCUGCUCGUUGUGUCUCAUCUGAACCUGCGUGAUCCUUUGCAGCCUUCAGACCUGUAUGCUGGGAGUCAGCCCUGAGAGCCUGGUGAUACCUAGACCCCAUCCCGGGUGCUGGAAUAUAGGAUGGCAUUGCACGUACUUCCUGGAAGAACCGUUCCUUGACGGCUGCUUGAAUUGCCAAAUCAAAGGUUUCUAAGUACGUGGCUUUCAUGUCAGCCUGGUCUGCCCAGUGCAUCGCUCAUGGGACUGUUUCCUUUCAAGAUCCUCCAACUUGCACAGCAGGGGGUCUGCAGAUAAGUUAAAUAAAACUGGGGACAUUGGAUCACCCUGUUUUACACCAACCCGAAUCCCAGUGGGAUCCGACUGUUCAGUCAAUGUGGGUGCUGGUGUUGUGACACCGGUUUGUAACCAGGGCAAUAAUAGGAUUUUCCACGCCUGUCUGUUUAAGAGCCAAAACAAUGUGAGAAUGGCUCACGUGACAAAGGCUUUUGCUAAAUCAAGGAAGGCUGCCCCCAGGAGUCCAUGUUCCUUUUUAGCAUCAUGAAUUAAAAGCUGUAAUAGUUCCAAAUUUUCCACCCACCCAGAUAACUUUGUAACCCCCCCCUUUGUUUUGUAUUAGCGGGACAUGCCUUCAUCAACCUUGCUGUUAAAAUCCUUGAGAACAACCUCAAAAUGGUUGACCCAACGGCAGUUGGCCACCAGUUACUGAUGGCAUUCUGGCGCUCUGGUAAAGCAGACGUUGAUAUUAACGCAGUCUGGCAUUCUCUGACUGUGCCUGGUGUGAUGGGUUCAGCGGGUCACCGGUGUGGAGGGGAGACAAUCCAUUACCAGUUUAUGUAUAUAUGUAUGACCAUGUGUGUAUGUAUGGCAUGUAUAUAUCCACACAUUUUUUUAUAUAUAGACAUAAUCUGUAGAUAACUUGAGAAUGGAAAAUUUUUUCUACUUACUCAAUCAAGCCAAAUCAGAUGAUGUAUAGAUUAAUGAUUUGUCGAUACUAAAUUCACGUUUACUUCUUCCUCUUAGCAGCAAAUAUGAAGAUAAAAAUUCUGCUUCUAGAAUAACUUUCAGGCAAAAUUUGAAAUGUUACUGAUUUUUCUUUCACAUGACCACUGAAAUCUGGUGCCAUUUAAUAAAGCUAGUAAACUACUGUAAAAA